AUGGGGUCGGCCUCGGGAGUUUGGCAAGGUAUGGUAGCAGAGAAAGCAGGAGUUGAGAUGAUGGUUAGAGUUGGCUCGAGUAUUAUCGAUGAAGUGCCGUCGGUUCGGUCGUGGUUUAGAUGCCAUGUUGUUAACGCUCUUGGAGUUCCGCCGAAAAUUCGAAAAAUGGCGCAAAAAAUUUUGGACGGCGAGCAGGCCCCAACUCCUAAGAAAGGUCCCCCCUCCGGCAGUGUAGGGGAGGAGGGAGGAGUGGCGCUCUUGCCCAUUGUGACAGCCGCUAAGCCCAGCAGUGGGGCAUGUGAGUUGAAGAAAGAAAUGGAGGAAUUGCGGAAGAGUUAUGAAGAGCUUUAUGAGGAGUAUGUGAAGGUUUGUGGCCUGUUGGAGAAGUCGAAUCGGGCGCAGCUGGAGCAUGCUGCUGAGAGGGCGAGAACUGAGAAGGAGCUGUUGAGAUGGCGGAGGAGUGGUAACGUUAUGAUGGCGUCGAGAAAUUCCGCGGUUGUUGGUGUGGUUGAGCGAAUGAUGAUGGUAUUAGAAGAAGGCUCUUUGGUUGAGAUAGCCCAGUGUUAUGCGAAAGUGAGCGUGGCGAGGAGUGGUGGGGAGAAGGGACCUACUAGGGAGGAGCUGAAGAUGAUUUUCUUGGCGAUGUUUCGGAAGGCCUGCGAGAUUAGAGCGACGGAAUUACUCGGAUAUGCAUUGGGCGUUGCGGUUGGUGGUGAUUUUCUGGAAACGGUGACGGUUUCGGAAGUGCAGGAAAUUCUUCGCUGUGCGUUGAGAGGGAUGGAGUUCGCCCCGAGGGAGGAAGGGCUGCGGUCGCUGUUGGUGCAGGUGUGUAGUGAAGUGCCGCAGGAGGUGCUGAAGGAGGGGUGGAGGAGGUUGGAAGCUACUUUGAAGUUUGGGGGGAAGGGUGAAGUGGAGGAGAGAGUGAGGGAGUUGUUGAGUAGACUUAGUGGGGCAUGA